AAGAAAACAACAACAAAAAAACCUCUAGUCCAGAGCUACCGGCAGACAGUUCACAACCAUGGCUAACACAUGGUGCCCAUGCAGAGAGAGGGCCCUGAGACAAGCAAUGUUGUUAAACUUUUUAAACCAGCAACUUCUUUAUUGUUCAGAAUAAGAAUCCUGAAGAAAAGCAUUUUCCUUUUAGCCCAAGCGGCUAUGAAUAGUAAAAACCAACUGAUUUGAAGUCCCUGGAAUGCAUGCAACUUAGACUUUCCUAACGCACACAGCCAGCUCCCAGGCUCUGAGUCUGCCUUUUAGGAAGACUGGUGCUCGCUGGGUCACCGGCUGUUUAUCGUUCCUCGGGGGCUUUGAGUGGCUGCUGCUUUGGCGUCUGGCUGCUGGGUUUCAGUUUUGGGAUCUUCUCCAUUUCCAGCACUUUUCUCACUCUUGUCUGCUGCCACGACGGCCCCCAGGAUUUCCAUGAUUUCCGGCGGUGGCUGAUCACUUCCCUGCAGCUGGGCUGGAGUUCAUAAACCUGGACUUGACCUGCGACAUCUGUUGCUUUCCGUUUUUUUCCAGGAUGGUCUGAACCUUGCUAACACCAUCUCCCCUGGCCUGAAGGACAUCAGCUGGUCGUCCUUCAGGAUCUACCCAAUCCAGAGCCAGGAGCUCUUUGGUCCGUUAUCAGGAGCUCACAGUUGAGCUGCAGAAACAGGAAGAGCCUCACAGAAAAAGGACAAUCUUGAUCACUUCUGGACCACGAAUGACCCCAAGACAGACACUGGGUGCCUCAUAUUUCCUGGACAAUGCAGACUCCACUGCCCAGUCCUGUGCCUGUACUCCGGCUGCCCCGGGGCCCCGAGGGCUUGAGCAGAGGCUUUGCCCCCGAUGGACGGAGGGCCCCCCUGAAGCCAGAGGUUCCUGAAACCCCGGAGUCUCCUGUAGUUCACGAAUGUCAGGAAUCCCAGGAACAGCGGGCCCGAGCCCUCCUCCGGGAACGCUACCUCCGCAGCCUGCUGGCCAUGGUGGGUCGCCAGGUCAGCUUCACCCUGCAUGAGGGUGUGCACGUGACCGCCCACUUCGGAGCCACUGACGUGGAGGUGGCCAACUUCUACGUGUUGCAGCUGCAGACUCCAAUAGGCGUGCAGGCUGAGGCACUGCUCCGGUGCAGUGACAUUAUUGCAUAUACCUUCAAGCUAUAAAGACAUUAUUGUGGUCACCUGCUGCCUUAGGCCCAGCCACAAAUUCCCAGCCUUCCAGCAGUUCCAGAUCUCUGGGCCUCAUAGAGUUCGGAAUUCCCUUGGGGUUUUGGGCCAAGCUCCAAGCAACUGACUUCUGCAGGUCUGCAGUGUCUAGUCAGUAAAAUUCUGCAACCCCACAAGUUCUAGAUCCCAUUGAAAGGAAUGCUCUACCUCACAGAACUUUACACUCUACAGAAAUGUGGGUCUUGGGACAGUUCCUGCAGACUGGAGGUGGGGUGGGGUCGGGGAGCGGGCAGUGGGAAUAAAGGAAGGCAGAUUGCAGAGUGGGAAAUUGUUUAUUAUAGAAGUUGCAAAGUUCAGUCACCCUGAAGAAAUUCCCCAAUACUACCCUCCUGCCAAAGAACAAUGAUUAUUACAGGAAAAUCCGCCUCCUGUUUUUCUUUUUGUUGUUGUUUGUUUUAGUAUAUUUUUAUUGAUUUCAGAAAGGAAGGGAGAGAAACAUCAAAGAUGAGAGAAUCAUUGACCAGCUGCCUCCUGCACGCCCCCUGCUGGGGAUCAGCCCACAAUCCCGCAUGUGCCCUUGACCAGAAUGGAACCACAGGCCCAAGGCUCUGUCCACUGAACCAUACCAGCUAGGGCUUUUUUUUUUUUUAUAAGUGUAUCCAAACAGGGAUGAAGCCAGAUUUAGGGGAUGGGAGGGUAGCUGUCCAAGGACUGAAUCCCAUGGAGCUGGGCCAAGAAGGGCACAUCAGAAAGCUGGGAGAAACUUGGAUAAAGGUGCAGGGAUUGGACUGCUCCUACCCUCAGGGAACAGCUGGAGCGACCUGGAUAACAGACUUGGAUGUUCUGGACUAAAUUUCUUUAUUGGGUGGGAGGGGAUGUACAUAGCGAGGGAUGCGCUCCUGCGUGGCCUGGGUGGUGUGACCACCGCAGAUUCGCUUCCCCUACCCCACGUGUGGAAAGGUCGGACUCUGCGCGGCGCCAUUGAGAAAAUGGCUGAGGAUUAGGGACUAGGGUGAAGCUUCACCUCUUCUCCAUUUUGCUCCAGCUCUGUGGCAUGGCCGUCCAAGUCACUUGCUUCACUUAGCCCCGUCACUAGUAAUCUUUUGGCAGGUUCGUUUUAAUAAAGUAAUUUCUGCCCCCUUUGUAGUCCCACCAACUUGAAAAUGUAGGUGGAGAUCCAUUAAAUAAAUGUAGAUGGAGA